CGCCACCACCCACCAACUAACAGCCACAGCACCUCCAGUCACCCACAGACCCCCGUAGACUGGACACCUGAAGCUCCUAGGGACCCAAAUAAACACCCUUUUGAAAACCCACACAUGCCGUAUCAAAUCGAGGCGGAGAGGGACAUGGAGGAGGAGGAAGUGAGAAUAAGUGUAGUGGAUGUAUAUGACCUGGCUUCAGAAAUAGGGAAGGAGUUUGAAAAGAUAAUAGAUCGUACUGGAGCCGAGGCAGUCACGGGGUUAAUGCCGAGGGUCAUAAGUGCCCUGGAAUAUUUGGAAAAGCUUGCAAUGCGUCAUGAAAACACGUCAGCUUACAUCCAGGAGCUUAGAGCCUCGAUUACCCACCUGGAGAAUGAGAAGAUUGGAAAGGCGGAGGACAGACAACGAUAUGAGAGGGAGUUGGAGGAUAUCGAGGACAGACUGCGAGAGGAGAGUCACGAACUGGUGGCGAUGGUGGCGCGACUACAGGACGAGAACCGUAAACUGUCGUCCUCCCUCGCCAAGACUGAGGGCACUCUUAUACACUCUAAUGGUGCCACGCCAGAGGUUGACCUGAAGGUGGUGACGCAGCUGCAGGAGGUGAUCGAGAGCCAGAGAGAGCAGCUGCAUAAGACGGAGAAGGAGGCCCAUCAAAAAGCAGCUGAUGUAGAGAAUCUCAAGUCCCAGCUGGAGAAGGUGAACCACAUUAACAGGGAGCUGAGAAGGCGACAGCGAACUAGCGUAUCUCAAAUGCGGUCCCUGAUAGACGAGAGGGCCGAGCUUCAGGCAGCCCUACAGGAGGAGAGCCGCGCUGUGUCUGUGCUGCGGCAGAGACUCGGCUUGGCGCAGAAGGAGAAUGAGGACUUGUCGAUCUCCAGCAGCGACUCACAGGACUUGAGCAACAAACUAGUCUACGACCGCGAUGACCCGAACAGGCCCCGCUUCACCAUGACAGAACUGAAGGAGAUUCUAUACGAGAGGAACGAACUAAAGGCCAGGGUGUCUGACCUUGAAGACGAGCUGGAAAUGUAUAGACCAAGAGACCAGCGGCCGCGAAGUCACAUUCUCUGCCCACCGUUGGAUGAAGAAGAGGAGAGGAGGGGAGAGGAAGAAGGGGGGGCGGGGGGGAGUCUUCUAUCCUCCGCCUCCUCCUCCUUCACCCUCCCGACCCCUCCUCCCUCCCUCUCAGACCCCCUCUCCUCUCCCCCCCUCGCUGGCGCCCGGACACAUGCACACGCGCGCUCACAAGAGGUGGUGGAGGACGAGGAGGAGGAUGACGGGGAGGACAACAGUGACCCGCCGGUCCAGGGACCAAUGCCUUAUGAACCUGACGAUGCUCCGUGGAAGAAGGAAGAGUCCGGAAUCAGAAAAUUUUUCAGACUGGUUGGGAAGAAGAAAAUGCCAUGGGAAGGUAUAGGCUUGGGAAGAAGAGGAGGAGGAGGAGAAGGAGGAGGAGGAGGAAGAGGAGGAAGAGGAGGAGGAGGAGCUGUGAGAGGUGUAGAGGUGCAAGGAUCCUAAAAAUCUGCUUCCGCCGUCUGUUUGGUGAGGAAAACACCGCCAACACCACCCACACCACCACCACCACCACCACCGGCGCCUCCACCAGCCCCAAACGCACCCUGCUCAGCCUCCACCGCCCCUGAACAAUACCCUGGGUCCAGUGUGGGUGGUGCUAGGUCCAUUAGGGUGACUAGGGUGAUGAUAGGGUGACAAUAGGGUGACUUGGGGUGAGAAAAGGAUGAUUUUAGGGUGAGAAUUGACUUAAAAUGAGAAUAGGGUGAGAAUAGUGACUUAGAGUGAGAAUAGGGUGACUUGGUGUGAGAAAAGGGUGAUUUUAGGGUGAGAAUUGUGACUUAAAAUGAGAAAGGGUGAUUUAGGGUGAGAAUAGUGACUUAGAGUGAGAAUAGGGUGACUUGGUGAGAAAAGCAUAUUUUAGGGAAUGAAUAGGGUGAUUUAGGGUGAGAUUAACAUGAUUUUGGGUAAGUUAGGGUGAAAAAGGGUGAUGCUGGGUGAGAAUAGGGUGAGUUAGGGUGAUGCAGUGAGGAAAGGGUGAUUUUGAUUGAGAUUAGGACAAAUAAGGGUGAUUUAAGAUGAGAUUAGGGUGAUGCAAGGUGACUUAGGGUGAGAAUAGGGUGAAUUAGGGUGACAAGAUAACAAAAAGUUGAGAAAGGGUGAAUUAGUGUGAGAAAAGGGCAAUGCAGGGUGUUAAAGGCUGAGUUAAGGUGAGAAAAGAAUUAUUUAGGGUGAGAAUAGGGUGUUGGGUAAUAUAAGGUGAGAAGGUGUUAAAUUCAGUGAUGCUAGGGUGAAUUAGGGUGAAAAAGUUAGUCAAAAUAGGGUGACAGCCUGAAAAAUUGUGAGAAUAGUAAUUUAGGGUGACUAAGAGUGAUUUAGGAUGAUUUAGAAUGAAGAGAGAAUGAAAUAGGGUGAGAAUAGGGUGAUUUAGGGUGAUGUAGUGUUUGCAUCAUCACUGUACUAGUAUUGAUAGGAUGACCAUAUGUUGAUAGGGUGAAAAAUAGGGCAAUUUAGUGAGAAUAGGGUGACUAAUAGGGUGAGAAUAGGGAGAAUAGAGUGACUGUCUUGAUAUUGUCACCCUUAGUUUGUACAAGUGUUGGUAGGGUGAGGCUAAGGUCACCAUAUGUUCAGUUAGGAUGAAAAAUAUGGUGAUUUUGUAAGUAUAGGGUGACUUAGAGUGAUGUAGCAGUUUGUCUUGAUUUAGGGUGAAUUUUACUGUGUUAGGGUGAGUUAGGGUAAAAAAUAGUGACUAGGGUGAAACUGUAUAUUGUCACCCUGUAAGACACCCUAGAUUUUACUGUUAGGAUGAAAAUUUAGGGUGACGUACAGUUUGUUUGUAUUUUGUCAUUCUGUGAAAAACACCCUAGAUUUUACUGUAUUAGGGUGAGUUAGGGUGACAAAAAAAUAGGGUGAUAGUGAAGAGUUAAUUAGGGUGAAAUUGAUGUAUUUAUAGGUAUCAAUUUACAUUCUUGUCACUAAAAAAACAUCCAAUCACCCUAAAAUUUUCAACAUUAGGGUGACAAGGUGAAAAUAGGGUGAAUAAGUCUGACAUAUUAGUAUUUUAAGAAUGUUUACUUGUAUUUUGCCAAUCCAUGUAUAAACCCACCCUAGAGUUAAGUAUUAGGGUGAAUAGGGUGUUUAAGUGUGUUAGGGUGAGAAAGGGUGAUGCUGUGAUGUUUAGAAGUGUUUGUUUUGUAUUUUGUCACCCUUCACACAAACACACCCUUGAUCUGUUUUAGUAUUAGGGUGAAUAGGGUGUUGAUAAUUGUGUUAGGGUGAGAAAGGGUGAUGCUGUGAUGUUUUGGAAGUGUUUGUUUUGUGUUUUGUCACCCUCACACAAACACACCCUUGAUCUGUUUAGUAUUAAGGUGAAUAGGGUGAUGGCAGGGUGACUUAGGGUGAUUCAGGGUGACGGUAGUGUGUUUGAAGCUGUUUGCUCUGGUUUUGUCUAUGUGAUAAAACGCAUUCGUAAUUUUUGUGUUAGAGUUGAUAGGGUGACAGGGUGUAGAUAGGGUGAAGUAGUGAAAUAGGGUGUUAAAAAGGUGUUUGCCUUCCUUUGUUGGCCAAUACAAGGCAAACACCCUCGAUAUCUAUACCAUUAGGGUGAAAUAGGGUGAACUAGGAUAUAGGGUGAACUAGAGUAAAAUAGGGUGAAUUAGAGUGAAAUAGGGUGUAAAGGUUUGUCUUCCUGUUGGUCAUUAUAAAGCAAAACACCCUAGAUUUCUAUACCAUUAGGGUGACAUAGGGUGAACUAGGGUAUAGUGGUAAUUUUUCUUAAAACCCACCCUAGAUUUGUGUACCAUUAGGGUGACAGGGUGAAAAGUGUGAAAUCAUGUCCAUACCCUAGUUUUCACCCUAGAAAUGUGCCAAACUUGCUCAAAACACCUUCAAAACUAACAAAAACACCCUGAUUACAGUCAACACCCUAAAAACACACCCUAGACAAACUUGAUGAGCUUCCAGACACCCUAAAACACCAUCUAGAGUCAAUCAAAACACCCUAAAUACUGGCAGACUGGACACAAACACCCUAUUUUCUGUUUACACCCUAAAAAUCACCCUAGACCUCAACCGAAUCUCAAGACAACACUAAUUUGUCUACACACUUAAUAUCACCCUAAAAAUUUUAUGAAACCAACAAAAACACCCUAAAUUUCGGUCCACACCCUAGAAAAACACCUUUAAAUUUUAUGAACCUUUAAAAACACCCUAAUAAUUUGCCAACACACUGAAUUAUCACCCUGAAUUGUCCACACCCUAAAAAUCACCCUAAAAACUUGUUGGAUCCCUGAAAGACACCCUAAAAUAUCAGUUUUAGGGAAAAACACCCAAAAAACUCACCCUAGAUUGUCAAAUUCCAUAAAUACACCCUACGAUUUUUACCACACACCCCAAAACACCCUAAAAAUCUCUUAAUCCAUAUAAACACCCUAUAAAUCACCCUACAAUCUGCUAAACUCCCCAAAAUCACCCUAAAAUUUAAAUGCACCUCCAAGAACACCCUAAAUAUUUAAUACACCCUAAAAAUGCCCUAAAAAUUUGCCUUUUCUACAAAACACCAGACAAAUCACCCUAGAAUCUCUCAAACCUGCCAAAAACACCCUAGAAAUUUAACACACUCACAAAACACACCCUAGAAUUUGUCAGACCCCCAAUAUACCCUAAAAUUUAAAGAGCACCCUAAAAAACACCCUAAAAUUUGUCAAAAAACCCCAAAAGCACCCUGAAAUUUGUCAAACACCCCAAAAACACCCUAAAAUUUGCCAUACAUCACAAAAUACACCCUGGAAAUUACCAAACACCCUAGAAUUUCAUAAAUACCCGAAAAAAAACUUUAAAUAUUUACAAAACAUCCCCAAACACCCUAAAAACACCCUAGAUAUUACCAAACACCCCAAAAACACCCUAAAUUUAGCCCAACACCACAAAAAACACCCUAAAAUUUGCUAACACCCCAAAAACACCCUAAAAUAUUUGCCAUAUACCACAAAAACACCCUAAAAUUUGCAAAACACCCUUAAAACACCCUAGAAUUUGCUGAUCACCCCAAAAACACCCUAAAAAUUUAACAAACACCCUAGAAUUCUGCCAAACACCCCAAAAACACCCUAAAAUUUAACAAACACCCUAGAAUUCUGCCAAACACCCCAAAAACACCCUAAAAAUUUAACAAACCCCUAGAAUUCUGCCAAACACCCCAAAAACACCCUAAAAUUUUGGCAAACACCCCAAAAAUCACCC